AUGCUGGCGCGGACUUCAUCGCCUGGGGGCGCACGUCCAGGCAGCCGCAGGCACAACAACGCAAACGCCCUCGUCCACAAUCCCCUUAACUUCAGCGUGCAGGACCGCCGGUUGAACACACGACUGCUGAAAGAGACGCAGCGCCGCAAGGCACAGCUGCUUGGAAUGACGCGGCACGAUGUUGCGCGUCAGCUGCACCGGUACACCGUGCCGCCGUCCUCAAUCAUGGACCAGGGGCACCGCGGUGGGCCCAGCAUCGGGAAGAGCGCAUCGCAUACCAACUUAGCCACCGGCGGUGGAAAGUCAACGUCUCGGACUGGCGCGGAUGCGGCCAGUGCUGUCAGUUUCCCUUUGGGCAUCCACUCAGAAGCAGGUGAGUCCUCGUCUUCCAGCAGAGACUCCUACUCACGCUUGCAGGAGCAGUACGCCCAACGCUUACAGAAAAAGAAGGACACGGUGAACUACUCGCUGAACUCGCCCACUUCACCCGGCGAAGACGACGAGCGGACUGACUCAGUGCCGCCGGUGCCGCCAACGGCGUCGUACGAGGAAUGGCUCUCAGCUGGUUGUCCGACGGGGUCGUGGUCUGUUUUGUUGCAGGAGGAGGUUUACGCGCCAUUGGAGGCGGAGCGAGCCUUUCUAAUAGCCAAGUACAACCCCGAGGAGAGGCUUCAGUCGUAG